AUGACAUUUAUUAACCCCUACGAACGAAUAUCACUGCCUACAGUGUCAUCGAAUGAUGAAGUUAAUUUGACACUAUUUAACUUCACAGAUCCUACUGCUACCUUUUUGGAUCAAUGGAUUGAAGUGUCGGAUACAGUUCGUACAGUUGGACGAUCUAAAGCUGUACUAGUACCACAUAUUGCAUCAAACUACCAGUCUGCUAUAUUUUUCUACUUACUCAAUCCACUUCCAAACGGGGCAUGUUUUGCUGGCAUAGAUGCCUAUUUAAACUCCUGGGAUUUAUCAGAAUAUCAAGGCAUUUCAAUUGAUUUACACAGACAAGGAAACAAUUCUGCUUUCAAAUUGUUGUUUUACAAUGACUGUCCUCAGUAUACUAACUGUUACUCAUACGAGUCCUUUUUCGAGACAUCAGGUGCUCGAGAACAAGUCUACCUACCAUUCAGUACAUUUCAACCAUAUUUCCGUGGAAAAUACCAACCAAAUGUGCCACCAUUAAACGCAAGUGAUUUGAGACGUGUUGGAAUACAGGUAUAUGGUGGGGUUUACGAGGCUAAAAGUCAAUCUGGCCCUGGCUCUCUGGAGUUAUUCACUAUAUCAGCGUAUAAAUAA